AUGGCUAUUCCCCGCGGCUUGAGCUUUACUUCAUUCCCCUCCGUAGUGAGGCAGACUUCUGCCAUUGGUGCCGAAAUUCAGCUUCCAUCGUCAAUGCCCAUCAUUGAUUUGGAUCUUCUUACCGAUUCAGACCGUGAAGUCCUGAGACAGGCGCUGUUUGAAAACCAGGUCGUUGUCAUUCGGAACCAAAAAGGCAUCGACCCAACCGUCAUUCCUAAGCUUGCCAAGAUCUUUGACCCUAGUGCCACGGACAUUCACUCGGCAGGCAAGAAUGCAGUGAGCGAUCCCAGGAACAUCCUCUCUGCGUACAAGGCCGGUCGAAUCCCGAGAGCCCCGCAAGUGGGCAUCAUUGGAUCGGGAAAGUUCAAAAACUAUGAAGGUGUGGAUGAGUUGGAAGUCAUCCACCUGGAUCAUACCCUGUUCCAUGAAUCCCCUCUGAGCCAAGAAGCUCUGGACCAGGGCUACACACGACCUUACCGAUGGCACAUGGAUACACCCUUCUAUGAACGACUACCCGGAGAAGUCACCAUUCUUCACUCUAUCCAGAUCCCAAAGGUACCGGAUCAGAAGAUCAAGUUUCCAGAUGGUACAGAGAAGACGGUUGCAGCAGGAGCAACAGCUUUUUUCUCCGGCGCUCGUGCAUUUGAGCUUUUGAGUGCCGAAGAACAAGAGUUUGCACUCAACACCACUGUCACAUAUGCGCCUCAAGCAUAUGAGUACAUCCGUCACUGCAAGUCGUCAGAAGAUGGGUUGACGAUUCCUACCUUUGGCCGCGAAACCAAACCCGAAGACUUGUCGGAAUGGUCUUGGGGCGAAGUUGCAGAGCAUCCUAUGGUUUGGCGCAAUCCGAUGAAUCCCUCCAGGCCCUUCUUGCAGGUCCACGGCUGCUGUGUGUACAAACUUACCACCCGAGAUCCCAAAACUGGCGAUGUUUCUGUCAUUGAUGACGUUGAAAAAGUCCGCUCUAUCGUGUAUGGAUUCCAGAAAAGGAUCUACGCAGCUGAGAACAUAUAUGCGCAUCGGUGGAUCGAGGGUGACGUGGUCAUCUUCCACAACCGGGGAGUCAUGCAUAGCAUCACAGGACAACUUCAGAGCCACGCUGAAGGCAAACGUUUGUUGUGGCAGUGCACCAUGUCGAGUCAAACACCUCCGCAGCCAUUCAGGGCUUACCCGGGUGUCAACGAUACGGGAUUUGUCAGACCAUGA